AAACGUUUGCGCGCAGACAGAACACCGAACGCCGGCAUGUGUGGAUUGAAUUUCGGAAAAUUGAAGGGGUUUUCUCAAUAAUUUUUGUAUUCUAGUUGAUGAAAAUUGUUACCGUUAACUUCUGAUUGCGGAUUGUCUGGAAUAUGGCAGCAGCAAUGGAGCCCGUCUCCUCCCGGGAUCUCGAAUGUCGCAAAAUUUGUGUAGAGCGGUUUAUCUAUGCCAUCCUGUACAGCGUCGCUGCCCAGUAUCUGCUGUUAACGGUGUUCCUGCUGCUAGUCAACUUUAGUUUACUUCAUCCGGUCGUUUGGAUUUUGGGCUCCUUCCGGUUGCUCCUCUCGCUCUCGACCUGGCUCUGGAUAAUGCCACUCGUUAGUGCCGUCAUUGUGCAUGGCAUUUUUCUAGCUAAGGCAUAUCUUUCGGCCAGCAGCUACUGUCCGACGAGAUUCCAGCUACUGUAUCGCACCCUUAUUCAAAAGUCGGUCUUGCUGCUGAUUAACUGUGUGAUUGGCUUCCUGACCGGAUGGUUAUACACAAGGUUCCUACGGGACGAUUAUCGGUUGCUUUUCCUGAACACUGACAAAGGAUUAUCGGUACUGAAUGAAAAAUUCCUGUUCCUUUUGUUGGGCGGGACAUUCGCAGGAGUUUACUUUUUCGUGAAAAAUAACCGCACAGUGGACGAUAAAGCAUCCUUUGUUAGCUUUCCGGUCAUUCAACAACCACGUUACCAGCAGAUAAGAGCCAACCUAUACAGCAUCGUGUACCACUCGAUGUUCAAAUCCUUCGUUCCAACGUUGAUUUACGUGAGUUUCUUCUACACCUUCUGUUGCCUCUAUUUCCGGUACAAGCUUGCUGCACUCUUCCAAGGAACUGUGCUAGCCGAGGAAUCUUUCCUGGGAGCGUUUUACACAACCGUGUCUGAUGUCCGAUUGGUCGUAUACUGCUGGAUCUUGUCCUCGCAAGUUCUGAGCAAUAUGAAUCUCAUGCAGGUCUUGUUCCACAUUUUUCUGACCGAAUAUCGGACGUUCCCAGUUGAAAAAUCUACUAUAAGCAAUGAUGCUGAGGUCUCGCUGGUGGAAGCCUUGGCUUGCGAUAAAAUUCCCAUCGUACAGCAGCUGGCAGCUUUGGAUCUUUUCACUAUUGCCGACAGUUGCGACGUAUCUCGACGAAUUCGACUCUACGCAUUAUCCAUUCCCGGAGGUCACCCGUACAAUUGGCGAAUCGUUUCUGGCGAAUGUAUUCGAUUGAUCCGUGAGUUCACCAAUGAACUAUCUAAAUCAAUGGAAGGUGCCACUCCCAAGGUGCAUCCUGAAGUGUCAAAACUCCGUCCCACCGCUUCGAUGGAUGCCGAAAAAAUACUCAUGAAACAAUACAACGAAAGCUUCGGAAUUCGAAGUUUAUCUACAACUGUACCGCCUAACAACGCCAUUCCUCCAAGUCAACCGGAUGUUAUCUGUAAAACCAUAGAUCGAAAGUUGGAUUCAUUGCGCCAAACACUUCGCAAUAUACCUGGAAUUUUCUAUCUAUUCGGAGAACCUAAAGCUGCCAAAACUUGCUACCUUCUGUCGAGUCAAUCGCAGCAAAUGAUCUGGAUAUCUCAAGCGCUAGGAUCUCUGGCAGCUCAUUCGAUUCGCGAAGACCAAUUCGGGGUGGUUCAGAACGAUCUGCCACUGAUCAUACGAACGUUGUUGCAGCUGAAACAGGUCGUCGACAAGGUCGGUUCCAUCCAGCUGGAUAUGAAGAAAGUGGAUCGACGCUACGUGGCCCUGAAGGCAGCGACCAAGAGAAGCCUUUACCGGAUUGCUCAUGCCUUUGCCGACUACCUGAAUGAUAUUGUGCUGGAUCCGAACGACGUUAAAGCUCUGCAAGGGUUUGUGAGCUACAGGGAAAUCUGAGAAUGGCCGACUAGUGUAAGGUAUGCUUGAUUUUUUUUUCUAUUUUUCUUUCUUUCCUUUAUGUUUUUAGUUAACUUCUUAUGACUUAGCGAAUAAAAUUAAAAUUUGAAUAUAAAA